CUGGCCUCCUGCCUUAGCCUCCCAAAAUGCUGGGAUUACAAGCAUGGGUUACCAUGCCUGGCUAGGUCGUUUAUUUUUAUAACCCUUACAAAUAAUACUAUAGUAAACCCCUUUGUGCAUAGGCCUUGUAUAUAUUUCUUUUAUUUUGCUUUUAAAGAUUGCUAGAGGAAAAGUUACUAGGUAAGAAGAUAUAAGUCUUUGAAAGGCUCUUGAACUUACAUUACUACCAAAUUACUUUCCAGAAAGAUGUAUUACUUUACCUGUGUCAGUGCUUGUCUUAGUCAACUCUUGAAGAAUUGAAUAUUACCAGUUUAGAAACUUUUGCUAUUUUGUUACAUGACAGAUAAACUUUUGAGCUAUAAAAAGGAGUAGGGAAGGUAUGUCAGCUACAGAGAGCAGCACUAGCGAGGUUGCAUGCUGGCUUUGUGAGAGGCGCUGUCUGCCAGAGCUGCAAUGGAAAGGAGAGGUGAAGGGGUUCUUAAAGGGAUGUGUUAUAGGACACUGCAAGAAUCUUUCAGAGUGUGUUCCUUACACAGCUGUGCUCCGCAGUAAGCCCACUCUUGUCACCAGUUCAAGACAGAGGCUGGCAGCACUCUCUUAAAACAGCUUAAUAUAGGAGGGUUAAUGGAACAAGUUAUAGUCUCUGCCACAGCAGCUGGUUCCAAGGCCAUGUAGAUAUUCAUUAUCUCCUUUCACUACCACCGUUUUAGAUUUCCCUCACCCUUGGCCAGACUUCAACUGAUCUAGGUUGCUUGCCUAAGACCAUCAUUCUUGAGAAGUCUGAGCCCUUGCUUGCCUUUCCCUUUCAUGCCUUUGCCUUAUGCUGCACUUUCCUGUUAUCACUAGGCAUGGAAGCACUGAGAACCACUUACUAGAUUCAGUUACUCAGUUAAGCACUAGGGUCAGUUACCUCUGCCAUUGCAGUAAUUCCUCCUUUUGCCUGCUUGUGCACCAGCAUGUGCCCAAAGUGACACAACAGUUGUUAACUUCAGAUUCAGAUUAGAAGUCCUCUGAUAAAAAUGUUUCCCCUCUGAAAAUAAUGACCUGUAAUCCUAGCAGAGCCUUAAGUUACAGGGAUGGUAGACAAAUUCUUUUGGUCACUGGGAUCAUAGGAGCCAAUCCUAUAUCUACUCACACCUCUUUAUUGUACUUUGAAGAUGCAUUUAUUGCAUCUUGGAGGCCAGUUCCAUGUUGUCUUAGGCUUACUCCUACUUGGUGAUAUAGUAUAUAGUGAGAUCAGUGCUCAGAAUCCUUUGUUACACUUUUUAUUUUUUUGCCUGAAAAGGGUCACUUGGUCUGAGGUGUUGUUAUGCCCCAUGUUGGUACAUCAGAUACCCUUGGAUGGUGACAGUGGCUGAAGCACUGAAGGCAGGGAAUAUAUACUCCUCCAGGAAGGUUGUCAGUGCCAGUGUGGGCAAAUUCCUGUCGCCUUCAGGGUGGAAGAGGUCCAGUGUGAUCACCUUGCCACCCAAAUGAUUGGCUUCUCUUUUUGAGGAAUUGUAACAUAUAGGGAGUUCAGAGUUGACUUUUGAUGAUGACAUGUUGGGCGAUCCAGCAGCAACACUAAGCUCUGUCAUUUAAUUAGCUGAUACAACCUUGGACAAGUUACUUAAUUUCUCUGUGCCUCAGUUUUCAGUUCUGAAAACAUGGGAUAGUGGUAUCUACCUCAUAGAUUUAUUAUAGAGAUUAAAUGAGCUAAUAUAUGUAAAGCACUUAGAAGGUUACCUGGCAAAUAAAUGCUAGGUAAGUAUUAACUGUUAUUAAUUCUUCAGAGUUUAGGGAGAAUUUGACUUUAAGAGCUUUUUUGCUUGAACUAGGGAGUGUGUAUAAUAUCCAGACUUUGUGGGCAAUCAGCUAAAAAGAAUCCAAGGUAGGAAUAGACUAAACCAGAGUGACUUGUAAAGCUGUUCAGAAUUCAAGAACCCCCUUCCCCCAGGUAAAAUGAUACCCCUGAACUUAUGAAGUCAGGCUCUGUAAUCACCUCUAUAUCUGUAGGUGCCUCUUUGUAUAGAUUUGAUAUUUUAAAUAGUCUUAGCUGCUUUUAUGCUCAAGUUUCUAUCCCCAGAUCUAUAAAUUUAUUUGCAUUUGCCCUAACCUUUUACAUGGCUUUUUUGUUUACAAAAAAAAGAGAGGUCUUUUUACUUUUGUCUGAGGCUAAUCUUGCCACCUGUGCUCCUAAUUCCAUCAGUCAAAUGUUUUAGACCUGCCAUAUGAUCGGCAGUGGGAAUACUAGAUGAACAAGACAGAUGGUCCCAGCCCUCAUGGAUCUUAUGUGCCAGUGGGGAAGACAGAUAAUGUAAAAUGCAAUUAUAAUAAAUGCACUGUGAUAAGCAGUACUGGGGAUGUAUAGGGUGCUACUGUAGGAGCAUAGUUAUUUUUGAAGCCAUGGGAGGAUGAAAAUGUCCAAUGAGAAUAGAAAUUGAGAAGAGAAAAGAAUCCUGAAGAUCGACAUUAAAAGAUUGUAGAGAAUGAAAAAGUUGCUGAUGGAGAGGUAGGAGGGAACCAAGGUCAGUGUCAGAAGCCAAACAGAAGAGUGCAUCUCAGGACAGAGGUAAUGAGCAACAGACACUGCCAAGCAUACAGGUCUUAGAAAAAUACCCCAAUACACCCAUGAGUCAUAAAGAAAUUCUUCAAGUUAUCCAGAGAGAAGGACUAAAAGAAAUCAGAAGUGGAACUUCUCCUCUUGCGUGCCUGAAUGCAAUGCUGCACACAAACUCUAGAGGUGAAGAGGGCAUCUUCUAUAAGGUUCCAGGCAGAAUGGGAGUAUAUACCUUGAAGAAAGAUGUGCCGGAUGGGGUGAAAGAGCUAUCAGAAGGUUCAGAAGAAAGCAGUGAUGGUCAGUCAGAUUCCCAGAGUUCUGAGAACAGCAGCAGCAGCAGUGAUGGUGGCAGCAACAAAGAGGGAAAAAAGAGCAGGUGGAAAAGGAAAGUAUCGUCUAGACUGUCACAGCCAUCCUCUCCCCAAUCAGGCUGCCCAUCACCCACCAUUCCAGCAGGUAAAGUCAUUUCUCCAUCACAGAAGCACAGCAAGAAAGCACUAAAGCAGGCUCUAAAGCAGCAACAGCAGAAGAAGCAGCAGCAGCAAUGCAGGCCAAGCAUGUCCAUCUCCUCCAACCAACAUCUCUCUCUAAAGACUGUCAAAGCCACUAGUGACACUGUACCUGCCAAACCUGCAAUAUGGGAAGGAAAGCAACCCGACGGACAGUCAAGCAGUCCCCAGAACUCAAACUCCAGCUUUUCACCGUCAGUUAAAGUGGAAAAUCCUUUGCUAGGCUUGGGGAAGAAGUCAUUUCAGAGGUCUGACAGACUCCACACAAGACAAAUGAAAAGGACUAAAUGUGCUGACAUUGAUGUUGAGACACCAGACUCCAUUCUGGUUAAUACAAAUCUGCGAGCUCUGAUCAACAAACACACAUUUUCAGUUCUUCCUGGAGAUUGCCAACAGCGACUGCUUUUACUACUCCCAGAGGUGGAUCGACAGGUUGGUCCAGAUGGUUUGAUGAAGUUAAAUGGCUCAGCUCUUAACAAUGAGUUCUUCACUUCAGCAGCCCAAGGGUGGAAGGAAAGACUUUCAGAAGGUGAGUUUACACCUGAGAUGCAGGUGAGAAUUCGACAAGAGAUUGAGAAGGAGAAAAAAGUGGAGCCAUGGAAGGAACAAUUCUUUGAAAGCUACUAUGGUCAGAGUUCUGGCCUGAGCCUUGAAGAUUCAAAGAAAUUGACAGCAUCUCCCAAUGAUCCCAAAGUAAAGAAAACCCCAGCUGAGCAACCAAAAUCCAUGCUUCCUUCAGAGGCCUCUCCUGUCAGAAUAGUCCCAGUAGUCCCUCAGUCAGAGUGUACAGAGGCAGUAUUGCAAAUGCCAUCAGCAGGCAGACAAGAAGAGCACGAAAGCCCAGACAAGGUGCAGCCAAACUUCUCCAAAUCCACAGAGCCCCCACUUCCCUCCGCCAGUAAUACACAUGAGCUUAGUAGCAUUCUUCCCAUCAAGUGCCCAAAGGAUGAGGGUCUCUUGGAGCAGAAGCCAGUUGCCUCUGCUGCACAGGAAUCUGAGAAAGAGAGUCAUCUCACUACAGCUUCUAGUUAUAAGAAAAACGAAAGCCAAGAAUCUUUGAUUAUAUCCCCAAGCAAACCCAAGAGUCCUGAGGUGGAAAAGCCAAUAAUGAAACCUACAGCAGAAGCAGGUCCACGGGAGAGCACUAUGAAAGAACCUCCAGCAACUCUUGUUGAUCAGAGCCCAGAAAGCCUCAAGAGGAAAUCUUCUCUCACCCAAGAAGAGGCCCCUGUGAGCUGGGAGAAGAGGCCACGUGUCACUGAGAAUUGCCAGCACCAGCAGCCAUUUCAGGUCUCGCCACAGCCCUUUCUCAGUAGAGAAAGGGUCCAGGUGCGAAAAGUACCACCUCUCAAGAUCCCGGUCUCCAGAAUCUCCCCCAUGCCGUUUCAUCCAUCGCAGGUCUCUCCCAGGGCUUGUUUUCCAGUCUCCAUCAUUAGUCCUAACAGAACAGGCGCCAGAACUCUCGCAGACAUCAAAGCAAAAGCCCAGCUGGUCAAAGCACAGAGGGCAGCAGCUGCUGCAGCUGCCGCAGCUGCUGCAGCCGCCUCAGUUGGAGGGACCAUUCCAGGACCUGGCCCAGGGGGUGGACAAGGUCCAGGAGAGGGUGGUGAAGGGAAAGCUGCUAGAGGAGGCAGUCCAGGCUCAGACAGAGCCAGUGGAACUGGAAAAGGCCCCACACUGGAACUGGCAGGAACUGGAAGCAGGGGAGGUACGAGAGAGCUUUUACCCUGUGGUCCAGAGACUCAGCCCCAAUCUGAGACCAAGACCACCCCAGACCAGGCACAGCCUCAUAGUGUCUCUGGAGCACAACUACAGCAAACCCCCUCAGUGCCUCCAGCACCUGCCAUCAGUGGAGCAUGCACAAAUGUCCCAUCACCAGCCCACAUAGAGAAAUUAGAUAAUGAAAAACUGAACCCCACCAGAGCAACGGCCAUAGUGGCCUCUCUUAGCCACCCACAAGGGCCCAGUAGUUGCAGACAGGAGAAAGUAUCUUCUCCUCCAAUAGGUCCUGCUCUAAUCUCAGGUGCCUCAUCUGUUCAUUUUGCAGCUGAUGGCACAGUUGAGCCCAAAGCUGGUUCUAGUAAGAAUACACCAAACUCUUUAGCCUCAGCAAAGACAGAUGCUAGUGCACCAGUGGCUGUGACUCCCUCCCCUUUAACAUCUUUAUUGACCACAGCCACUUUAGAAAAGCUUCCGGUACCCCAGGUUAGUGUAACUACAGCACCUGCCGGAUCAACUCCAUCCUUGAGCUCUUUGCCAGCAGCUUCUAGCCUUAAAACCCCAGGAACUUCUUCAAAUAUGAAUGGACCCACUUCAAGAUCAAGCUCUAAUAUCCCUGCUAAUAAUCCUUUAGUUACUCAGCUGCUCCAGGGCAAAGAUGUUCCCAUGGAGCAAAUUCUGCCUAAACCUCUCACCAAAGUUGAAAUGAAAACUGUUCCACUGACUACAAAAGAGGAAAGGGGGAUGGGAGCACUCAUGGCUAGCAGCAUGACAGAAAAUAGCACCAGAGAGGAAGUUAAUGAGCGCCAGGCCCAUCCAGCUACACAGCAGCUGGGUAAAACCUUACAAAGUAAACCGCUCCCUUUUCCAAGGCCCCUUCAGCUCUUUUCAGCUAAGGAGCUGAGGGACUCCAGCAUUGACUCACACCAAUACCAAGAAGGACUAAGUAAAGCAACCCAAGAUCAGAUCCUUCAGACUCUCAUCCAAAGGGUUCGGAGGCAGAAUCUUCUCUCAAUUGUGCCGCCUUCCCAGUUCAACUUCACUCACUCAGGUUUCCAGUUGGAAAACAUCUCCACAAGCCAGAGGUUCAUGCUGGGUUUUGCUGGCAGAAGGACAUCCAAGCCUGCAAUGGCAGGUCACUAUUUACUUAAUAUUUCCACCUAUGGCCGGGGUUCAGAAAGCUUUAGGAGGACCCAUUCUAUAAACCCUGAAGACCGUUUUUGUCUGAGUAGCCCCACUGAAGCCUUGAAAAUGGGAUAUACAGACUGUAAAAAUGCAACAGGAGAUAGUAGCAGUGGCAAAGAAGAUGAUACUGAUGAGGAAAGUACUGGUGAUGAGCAGGAGUCCAUCAUGGUAAAGGAGGAACCCCAGGUUUCCCAGAGUUCUGGCAAAUGGGACACAAGUUCAGGACCCCACAGUAGGGAAACCUUGUCCACCGGUGAUUGCUUAGCUAACAAGAAUGUGAAGGCCGAGACAUCAGUGAAUGACCAAACCACUUUAAGCAAGGAGAAUUACCUGUUCACUAGAGGCCAAACAUUUGAUGAAAAGACGCUGGCCAGAGAUUUAAUUCAGGCAGCACAGAAGCAAAUGGCUCAUGCAGUGAGAGGUAAGACAAUGCGUAGCAGCCCUGAGCUUUUCAAUUCUGCUCUUCCUCUACCUGCAGACAGUCCCACCCAUCAGCCUCUACUCCUUCCACCACUGCAAACCCCAAAGUUGUAUGGAAGCCCCACACAGAUAGGGCCAAGCUACAGAGGCAUGAUCAAUGUUUCCACCUCAUCUGACAUGGACCAUAACUCUGCUGUACCAGGUAGCCAGGUAUCUAGCAACGUAGGUGAUGUCAUGUCCUUUUCAGUGACUGUCACUACUAUCCCUGCUAGCCAAGCUAUGAAUCCCAGCAGCCAUGGCCAGACCAUUCCUGUUCAGGCCUUUCCCGAAGAGAACAGCAUAGAGGACACGCCUUCAAAAUGUUACUGCCGAUUGAAAGCCAUGAUCAUGUGCAAAGGGUGUGGAGCUUUCUGCCAUGAUGAUUGCAUCGGCCCCUCCAAACUGUGCGUCUCCUGCCUUGUCGUUCGGUAACGAGACUAGAAGGAGACACACUGUAAAGGAAGGGGAAGGGAUGGGUUGAUCAGAUGUGUUUUUUGCAUCCUUUUGGAAUCACAGAAAUAAACAAGUAAGUUUCAGUUGUCUUAAGAGACAAAUGUUACUUAAUCAGGAAUACAGAGUACAGAUCUUUUACAUUUUAGAGGAAGAGCACCUUGUAUAGUAAGUCUAAGUCAAGCAAGACUUUGUGAAUUUGUGACAAGUUUGCACUUAAAAAAUCAUGUAAAUAUGUCACAUUUUGUUUAACAUUUUUCCAAGUGUUUAGGUAAUAAUGUGUUACUUUGAAUUCAGAUUUAUGUUCUACUUCAUGUGACUCUGAGAAAAGUUUAAUGCCAUGCAUGGUGAAAGGAAGUUUUCUGACCUUUCCUAAGAGGUCAGGAAAAGAAAAGAGUGAAGGAAUCGUCUAAAGCAGUGACUAUUCAUGCUGAUUAUGUCUUGACAGUCUGGCUGCAGGUUAUUCAUAGAUUAUUCAGCCUUUGCAGGAUUUGGAUUCAGAGUUUACUCAGUCCCUUUACCUUAGGUGGAAGCUUCUUAAGUUGAAGUAUUUAAUAAGGUAUUGAUUUCACAGGUAAUGUUUCAGAUUCUGAAAGCUCUGACUUGGUUCUUGGCCUCUGUAAACCAGUACAGUGGCCAAGUACUCUGUUGUUUGUGGAUCCCUGCUGUUCCCUAGUCCCACCCCUGUCCUGACAUAGUGAAUGUAGUUUGUGAAGGGAUUGCCUCUCCAGUCCCCCUGCUUUCCCCCACUCUCAUGUUGUUAUAGCCUGUACAGGGCAACAAUUCCAGCAAAAAAAAAAAGUCCCUAUACUUAGUCAUUCAUGGGAACUUACAGUUUUGAAAUACUAGCAUAAAAUGAAUAGAAAAGUUAGUGAUGGGGUGAUUUAAACUAUGUAUUUUUAGGCAAGGGAAAUGAAACUGCAGAAAACUGUUAAAUUGAAAGUAAAGAACUUCGGAGAACGAUUUUAACACUAGAAACAAGGUAGUCUCUCUUUUCCUCUUCUCCUCCAACUCAUUACCUAAUGUUCUAUAGUCAGUUGUUGUCACAGAUAGAAAAGCUCGUUAAUGCCACAUUUGCCUAUUCUGUUCAACCUGUUUGGACCCCCCAGGCAUCUGAGGAUGCCGACAUAAUCUUAUCUCACUUUGCACACACAUGUGUGCACACAUACACAGUACACAGCACUUAUUCUGUUUUAGAAAAUAUGUCCCCUGUUUUGGAUUACUGCAGUCUGUGCAACUAGAAAUUUCUGACAUAAAGGGGCUUCAGUGAAUGGCUUAGGGAAUGCAUGGAAAGGAAGAAAAAUUAGUUCCAAAGUUUUGUUGUUUUUAUUUCUUUUUUUGUUUCCUUUUUUGUUUUUUAAAUCCUUCUCUAGUGACUAAAGAAUUUUUGAGUAUAUAAUAUUUAGGUCAUGGUUAAAGAACAUUAAAAUAAAUCUACAAUUUACCAGAGUUUAGUAAAUCUGAGGAUGUCCAUUUGCAUAUUGAUUGCAAGUCUCCCAUUGAAGUGUAUAAAGUAAAAAUAUUAGUGCAACAUAGUACAGUUGUCUUUGUACUUAAUAUUCAGGAUGUGAUAUCUACAAAUUGCAGAACAAUUUAAACUCAUUAAGUCACAUUCUAGAUUAGGAGAAAGAAAGCAAUAAUAAUCUCUGUUUUGCCCCCAUUCUAUUGUCCCCUCCCCACACAUCAUACACUUUUUUUUUUAAUGCUUUGCCACAGUCCUUGCCCCAAAUACCAUAAGAAAUUCACUUCACUAUUGUUCAUUUUUCAUUUCUGGCUUUUUUGUGGCCCAAGGCAAAUAAAGGAUUAAUAUCUGUUCCAGUUUCAGACAAGACAAUAUGAUGUCCUUCCAUCUUCCCCCUUUUCUUCCAGCACACACACAGCUAAGAGAUAAGAAAGCUGCAAGAAUCCAGGGAUAAAGAGUAAGUUCUCAAGCCAAGAACCAAUAGGAAAGAGAAAUCAUGGUUGUGCUCCAAAUGUUUAGCACCUUGGGCAAUCCAGGGGGUGAGUUUAGAAAGACUUAAUGCCAGGUGGAACACCAUGUCCAGCCAUUCCAUUCCCCACCUUAAGUGUCAGGGCUGAGGGCUAUCUGCAUGCUGGAAGAAGUUGAAUGUUUCAGAAUUGACUCCAUGCUAAAUAUCAAUUACCAGUUUUGGUUGAUGAAAGUGAUUUUUCUGCUGCAGCCCUUUCUUGUCAGAAAGGCUUUUCUCCAUGGUUUCUGCAGAUGGACAGACUGUGACCAGGAAAGGAGGAAAGGCAUCAGGGAUUUUCAAGUCCAUUCAGAAAGCAAACCAUAUUGUGCCUCUUCAUCUUGACCCAGGCUCUUACAGAUAGGUCCUAAGUAUUGCUGUUCACCAGAUUCUCUCCACAAAUAAUACUCAGCUAAAUAUUUGCAUUUAGGAAUACUUGUAAAACAGAAAUGACCAACUAUGUAUACUGCCUCAGUCUUGACCAGAUGAGAGAACAGGUUUAAAUUAUCUCAGAUUGGUAGUAAAUUGAAUACCAGCCUAUUUUUCAGUUUGUUUCAAAACAGUUGUUUCAAGUAAAAAACCAUUCAUUUUAUAAGCUGAACAGAAAAAAAUUACAUAAUAUCUGGCCUUCUAGAAAAUGAAGCAGUAGAAACAAGAAAACAUUUAAAUUAUUAGAGUAUGGUACUCCAACAGUACCUUUAAACCAUCUUUUAACUUAGCUCUUGAGUUGUUCACUCUGAAAUGUUUUAUUAAGUGCUAAGCUUAUUCUUAGGGUAUUAUCUGACAUCGUUUCCAGUGACUAGUCAGGCAUCAUGCCUGAUGCACAUGCCUCCGGUGUACCCCUCUCUAGCCUUCAGAUUAACCCCCUCUGCUGCAGGUCACCUCAGGAGAUAGCAUUAAUAAUAUAUCAUCUCAGUCUUAUUUAUAAAUAUUCAAAGUUGUCUAGUAGAGAAGACUGAAUCUGAAAGAAUUUUCAUUAAUUAAAAUUCCCCUUUCUAUUAAACAGAAAGUAAAGCCAAAUACCUGUAGUUGUUUGCCCUGCUUCUGUUCCCUUAGCCCUACGCUCAAGAUACUGGAGCUAUCUGUGGUAUUCCAUGGAACAUUUUUAAGAUUAAGUGCUGGCCAGUGAGAAAUUAUUCUUGGCGUGGGGGAAGAAGCAUACUUACAUGAGCUGUGAAAGCACACAAAUAUACAUGUUUUAGAUCAUAUCUCAGAUUUAAAUAGCCAAAGGAAGACCUCACUGCCUUCCAGGUGAGGGUGUAAAGUCAUACAGAUUAAUGACCUGACAGUAACCAUUCUGUUGCUUAUUAUUGCCUUUCUCCACCUUAGAGAUCCCUAAAGAGCUCUCUGGUGAAAUGACUUGUUAUAAUGGGGGGGGGGCUCUUCUCUAGUCAUUACAUUGCUAUUUAUUUCUAGAACUCACUGUCAGUGAGCAGGGCUAGGGUUGUUUUCUCUUUGACUCAGAGGUUUCACAGCAUAGCAAGGAGGGAAAAGCCUCCCCAUUGCAUUACAACAGUGCGCUAAGUAAAAAACUUGGCAAAAGGUAGUUUUCAGCUCAAUUUAUAGAAUAGUCCAAAGAGACUUUGAGAAACAUGAUGAUAGGCAGGGACCUUUCCUACCAUGUUUCAAUACCUACAUACCUAUUGAAAGAGAACAGUAGGUAAAACAUUUCCUAAAGUUGAAGCAAUAGCUUCAUAGAUUCUUGGUUACUUUAUUUUUUUUAAUGCUUUACAUUUGAUACAACUAUUAAAGAUCAAUUUUAAAAAUAGCUUUCCAGUAAUAUAUUUUAAGUAAUAUAUAUUUUAAUAUCUAUGUAAAAAGUGACAGUGGAAGACUUUGAAUUUCUCAUAUAUGGUAUGUUUAAUGUAGGACCUCACUGUUAAGGCACAAAUUAUUUCAAGGAAGUUACUCUAAAGACACUCAGAUUAUUUCCAAAAAAAAAAAAAAUGCAAUAAGGGAAUAGUUUGGGGGUUUAUUUUUUAUUUUAAAAGAGAAUUGACUUAUUUACCACAAGCUAUUUUUUUCCCUUCAGGCUAUAAGGUUUGUACAGACUGGUUUGGUAAAUGCGAAACUUUUGUGUCUUUUGCCUUUUUAAAGGAAUUGUUAACAUUGGAAUUGAGGGUAUGUACAGAGAAGUUGGUGUCAACACCAUUUAAAAAGUCAUAUUUUUUCACAAAUAUAGAAAAAUCAUUUUACAUAAGAAUUUUAAGUAUUUGCAAUAAAUAUAUGUAUAUAGAUUGUAUGUAUUCCUAUAUUCUUAUUUUCAUUUUAUUAUUAAGUAAAAGAUCAUUAAAAGUGAAAAUAAAAACCUUGAAGUUUUUGGUGAAUCUUGAGGUCUGUCACAUCUGAGCGUGGCAUGGGGAAGGGCCCUCAGUUGUUGCCUUAUCUACUAUGGGAAAGACACCCCGGAUUGUAUGGAGGAGAGUGAAACGAGGGAUUUGGCGAUAAAUCAGGGUAGUGUAUUUCUUUUAGAAUUUAAGUAAAAAUAUGAUUAAAUUAUCCUA